CUUACACGGGACCUUCCAGAUAAUUACGGCGCAGAGGAGCGCGUCGGUGAGGAAGAGGAGCGGUGGGAUAACACAGGAGAGGGCAUGGCGGCCGUUGAGAAUGUCGAGUGCUAGCUGCGCUGCGCGGAUUGGGAGGGCUGGCGGGCUUUUGGCCAUUGUUGCUGUUGUUGGGUUGCCGUCAACCCUGAAAGUCGUGAAAAAAGGAGCGUUUACGGAUACGGAGAAUAUGGAGCUUCAGGAGCUGUCUCCGAAGCUCUUGGCAAGUGACCGCUCUUAGCGGGCUCCGGGUACGGCAUCCGUCGCAGGGAGAGCAUGAUAUGAACCAUGAAACCCUGACGAUCAACCACCGCAAAUUUUUAUGUAGAUUCCACGUCUGGUUACGCGCAAGGUUCAGGUAAUCACCACGCUACAACAAACCAUGCAGGGAGUCGAAGGGACCCCGC